AUGAGUGAACCCUUUGUUUACACCAACGUUGAACAGUAUCAAUUAGAUACUUCCAACAAAUAUCUCCUCCCUGAAUUACCCGAGUCUGCUUUUGGUCCAAUAUAUUUAAAGGUGCAGGAAUAUGCCGUUCAGUUGAUGUGUCAACUUGAUCCUACACACGCCGAAGAGUACAAGACGUUACCACAGAAGUAUCACACGCAAUUAGAAGCCAACCCAUUCAAACAAGCUGCACGAGAGUUCUUUGCAGGCUGUUUUGAUCCGAACUCUCAGAUGUUUAAAAAUGUUUUCAAGUACUGUGUAGGCCAAGUCAGUGUCUAUUUGCGCUUUUUAUAUGAGCAAGAAAUCGACAAAGAAAACCUUUCAAAAGUAGAAAUUAAAAAUCCAUUGUUUAUAGUCUCUAUGCCACGUAGUGGCUCUACUUUUGCUCAUCACGUGAUGUCUUCAGACCCACUUGCGACUUCUAUUAAAAUGUACGAACACUUCUGUCCGGGGAGCAAGACAAUGUCCUCUGAAGGUCGUCUCAACUUUGGGAAGAGAGUGAUAGAGCCGAUGUUAAAUGAUGAUAUUAAUAAACGACAUAAAAUGGACGUGGAGCAAUAUGAAGAGGAGAUCUGCUUUAAAGCGAUGCUUGGAUUCUCGUGGGUGUACUCACUAUGUCUCCCCCGACUCGAACAAUAUAGAGAACACCUCUGGAACGGAAAUUUCAAGUUUGUGUAUGACGGACUUUUGGAAGAGUUUAAAAUGCACUUGUUGGAUAAAAGGGAGUGUCCCUGGUACGACACCGACGUGUCAAAAAUGGAAGAGAAAAAGAAGAACUUCCACUUGUGUUUGAAGGCCGUUUCGCACUUUGUGGAGCCAAUGAACUUCUUUAAUUUGGUCAAUGCGACGGAAGGAAGAAUACUGUGGAUACACAGAGAAAUCAUUCCAGAGUUAAAAAGUCUGAUUCCGGGGUGCAUUGCUAUUCGUGGCAAUUUUGUGGGGGAUAUUGGAAUGGAUGAUGUUAAAUGGACUAAUGAGUGUACUAUCAAAAUCAUUUGGCUGUGCUUGAAGAACGGAAUUGCAGCGAGAGAUAAAUGGGUCAGUGAGGAUCCACAGCGCGAAAAACAAAUUUACGACAUUUCAUUCACGGCUCUGACUAAAGACCCAAUUGGAGAAACGAAAAAGAUCUAUAAAUAUUUCAAUAUGGAAUAUUCAGAGGAGUUUGAGGAAAAUAUUAAGAAGCUGCUCAAACAGAAAGAACAAAAGGAUAGAAAAGAAGACAAAGAGAAAGAUAAGAAACUGUUUAUGUUUGACGAAGAAGAGGUGAAAAAACAAUUCAUGUUUUACUAUGAGAGAUUUGAAAAGUACUUACCAGAUUACUUUAAAUAA